AUGGCUGGCCCUAAUCUCGAGAUCUUCAAGUUCGGCCUCUACAUCCUCUUCCCCAUCGGCUACAUGUACUACUUCGGCACAAACCUUGAGGAACGCUUCACCGUCCCCGACUUCUGGCCCAAGGAGGGGCAGACGCACAAGAUCCCAUAUGAGAAAGACGAAAUCCAGUCGGAGCUUGCGAGGCUGAGGGCCAGGCGGCUGGCUCUGCGCGACCAGAGACUGGCACACGAGAGCGAGAACGCGUCGCAGGAGCCUUGA